GGUAUAAAUUGUCAAUUAGUAAGAACAAUUAGCAGUAGGUGUAGUAGCUGUGAAGCUUUCAUCAUGAUUUCUUUCUUCAUCUAUUUGGCUUUUGUUAGUUAUGCCGUGUCAAGUCCCACGAUAAAAUCCUUAGAGGAUCUUAAAAUCGUUGGAGGUGAGAGUAUCGAAAUAACAGAUGCACCGUACCAGGUGUCUCUCGUCAGAAGGGGGAGACACUCCUGUGGAGGAACUAUUGUCGCCAAGGAUAUUAUUGUCACUGCUGCUCAUUGUGUCAUGGGAUCACUGGCAAACGAAUUCCAAAUCCGUGCUGGUUCAUCAUACAGCGAGAAGGGAGGACAACUUUACCCAGUCGGAGAGAUUCUCUGGCAUCCAAGCUUCGACUAUGGAAAAAUGGACAGCGACAUUGCCAUACUAUGGCUGCCCAAACCACUAGUGUUCAGUGACAAAAUAAGACCAGUACAAUUAAUGGGAAGAGGUGAAGAAAUAAAGGAUGGUGAUGAUACGAUUGUGACUGGAUGGGGUAAUCUUUAUGAAAUUGGAGGCACGCCAAGCACUCUGCAGAGAGUAACAGUUCAGAAAAUCAAUGACGCAAUAUGCAAUGAUGCUUACAAACCUUUGUAUGCCAUCACUAAUCACAUGCUCUGUGCUGGAGCACCUGGUGGUGGAAAGGACGCUUGCCAGGGUGACAGCGGUGGACCUCUAGUUCACAACAACAAGUUAGCUGGUGUCGUAUCCUGGGGUCUAGGAUGUGCCCGACCUGAAUAUCCUGGAGUCUACUCCAAGGUCUCAGCAUUGAGGAGCUGGCUCGAUGAUAAUAUCUAUCAACUCAGGUGGAAACAUAUCUGGAGAAGUAUUUAAAAGACAAGAAGACGAAUAGACGAAAAGACUAGAAGAAUGAGUUUGGUCUUUUCAUGCGUAUCAGAACGGUUGUGAUUUAAUGAUUGAUUAAGUUAUAUGUUUUGUUGUGUUCGAAUUAAAUUAAGACAAUUGCAAGUUA